GCCAAUCUUUUCUUAAAGAAAUAUUAUUCUUCUAAAAAAGUUUUUCAUGAUGAAGACGUCAUGUAUACAUUUUCAUUUUCUCUUGGUACUCUUAUUCUGUUGUGCCUUUUCUUCAAGCAUCUUAAUGACAAAUGCUGUUUAUGCUGGAGUUUAUGCGUGUCGUCCUGACCAGAUCCUAGCUCUUGAGCUGUUCCAGAGUGAGUUUGAUUCCCACACUUGCAACGGCAGCACCUACGACGACUCUUACAGCUGCGAUAACACUACUGGUUCUAUGGUAGAGCUAGAACUCUCAAGUGGCUGUCUCAAAGGAAUUUUGAAGCCCAACAGUAGCCUUUUCGAGUUGCGUCAUCUUCGUAGCCUUCAUAUCUCUAACAACAACUUCAAGUCUUCUUCACUCCCUUCUGGAUUCAGCAAUCUCAACAGAUUAGAGGUCUUGACUCUUUCCUCUAAUGGCUUCGUAGGUCAACUCUCUUUCUCAUUUAGUAACUUAAGCCAGCUUUCCCAUUUAGACCUUUCCUCUAACGAGCUCACCGGUAGUUUCCCACUUAUAAAGAAUCUGAGUAGACUCUCCUAUUUAGACCUUUCCUCUAACCAUUUCUCUGGAACUUUGAAUCCUAGCCUGUUCGAGUUGCAUCGCCUUUUUUACCUUGAUCUAUCUAAGAACAACUUAGUUUCAUCCUCAGUUCCUUAUGAAUUUGACAAUCUCAACAGAUUAGAGUUUUUGUCUCUUUCCAACAAUGGUUUCCAAGGUCAAAUUCCGUCAUUUAGUAACCUAAGUCAGCUUAGCUCCCUGUACCUUCAAGAUAACGAGUUCACUGGCAUCGAAGAGCCUAUCUCAAAGCUCAUUAACCUCAGGGAACUCGACCUGUCUUUCCAAAACAUAAGCUACCCAAUUGACUUAAACCUCUUCUCCUCACUCAAAUAUUUGAUGACACUUAUUCUUUCUGGGAAUAGUAUAUCGCCAGCUAGUUUAAGUUCAGAUUCAGGCAUCUCGUUGGACCUUAUUAUAUUGGGUUUGUCAGGCUGUGACAUCCGUCAGUUCCCAAAUUUCUUCAAAAACCUUGAUGGCUUGCAGCAAGUGGAUAUCUCCAACAACAAAAUCAAAGGGAAGAUUCCCGAGUGGUUUUGGAAUCUUCCUAAUUUGGACAUAGUGAAUCUUGCUAAUAACUCAUUCACAGGUUUUGAAGGUUCGGCAGAAGUUUUAGUGAAUUCAACGGUCACGCUUUUAGAUUUGGAUUUAAACAAUUUUGAAGGACCACUUCCUAAUCCACCACACUCUCUCAGCCACUUCUCUGCAUGGAACAAUGCAUUCACGGGGAGUAUACCUCUUGCAAUCUGCAACCGAAGCUUUCUUACUAUUCUUGAUCUCUCAUACAACAACUUCACCGGCUCAAUUCCUCGAUGCCUGCUUAAUUUUCAAAGCUCUCUCACGGUUUUGAAUCUCAGGAAGAACAGCUUGGAGGGAAGUCUUCCAGACAUGUGCAAUAAUGGUGCCUUGCUUCAGACAAUUGAUGUUGGCUACAAUCAGCUAACCGGAAAGCUUCCAAAGUCUCUUCUCAGCUGCUCCUCUCUAAGGUUUCUAAACGUUGAGAACAACAAAAUCAAAGACGCAUUUCCUUUCUGGCUCAAGGCGUUACCAAACUUGCAAAUUCUUAUCCUCAGUUCAAACAAAUUCGAUGGUCCUAUCUCUCCUCCUCCUGGUCAAGGUUCUUUUGCGUUUCGCGGGCUGCAUGUACUUGAAAUAUCAUACAACAACUUUACUGGAAGCUUGCCCUCGAAUUACUUUGAUAACUGGCAGACAUCAUCAUUCAAGAAAGACCAAGAUGGGCGUAUUUAUAUGGGAGACUACAAUCAUACUUCUUAUCACUACGGAUACAAUUUGGAUUUGCGAUACAAAGGUCUACACAUGGAGCAAGAGAGUGUCCUCACGUUUUACGCCACCAUUGAUUUUUCUGGAAACAAACUUGAAGGACAGAUUCCUGAAUCUAUUGGUCUCUUGAAGGCAUUGAUCGCGCUCAACUUAUCAAACAACGCAUUCACAGGUCAUAUUCCUCUGUCUUUGGCUAAUGUUACCGAGCUUGAGUCACUUGAUCUGUCAAACAACCAGCUCUCAGGGACCAUUCCUAAAGGACUCGAGAGACUCUCGUUUCUGGCGUACAUAAGUGUUGCUCACAACCAACUCAAGGGUGAAAUACCGCAAGGAACACAGAUCACUGGGCAACCUAAAUCCUCCUUUGAAGGGAAUGAAGGACUUUGUGGUCUUCCUCUCGAGCAAAGUUGCUUUGGGAGUAACGCACCACCAAUGCAACAACCAGAGGAAGAAAAGGAAGAAGACGAGGAAGAAGUGUUGAACUGGAAAGCAGUAGCAAUAGGGUAUGGGACCGGAUUGUUGCUUGGAUUGUCAAUAGCACAAGUUAUUGCUUCAUACAAACCGGAGUGGCUUACCAAGAUAAUGUGCCAGAGAAAUCGCAGAACCCGUUAGGAUCAAUCCGUUAUUGGUCUAAUAAUCGAGCAGUUACUUGG